CAUCUUUAUCUAUAUAACGGUGGUCUCCCAGGAAGAUAUAGAGUGGGCGAAUUGUUUAUCUUUUGGCCAGCCAUGCACCUUCUGGACAGAAAACGUGCAGACUUGGAGCUGAUGAUCUUAGCAUAUAAUGCUGACUUGUACAAGACUUUGGGUGAAGCAAUAGUGAAGAAAGAUGGAGUAACUACAUUUAGUGUUCUCUACAAGGUAUCUUCGGCAGAGAACCCAGUCUUGGAACCACUAAUAUCUACAGUCAGCAAAAUCAGAGAGUUUGGUAGUGAAGUCAAAAUAGAGAGUGGCUUAAGGGUUGAGGAUCUCAUACCAGCAAGUGCAAGUUCCAACUAUUACCACUAUGACGGCAGUAUCCCACAUACACCAUGUCUAGAGACAAUAAAAUGGUACAUCUUUGCUGACUACAUGUACCUCUCAGAAGAACAGCUAGGUGAGUUCAAGAUGCUUUGGGAUCACCAUGGUAACCUUAUGAAUAAUCUCUACCGACCUGAGCAAAGUUUAAAAGGGAGGUCAGUGUAUAGACCAAUGUUCCGAUCACCAAGGCUCGACUUCCUAGAGACUGGAGAUAAACCUCCUACUCAAAAGGAAUCAUGUGUUGAUGUUUUCUUCAUCAUUGAUGAAAGCUGUUCAGUAUAUGAAGAUAUGCCAAAGAUUAAGCAGCUACUCCUUGAUGUAGUAGAUAAGACAGUCAUUGGAAGGAAAUCUGCAUUGAUGUCAUUGGUGAGGUAUCACAAUGAUGUCAACUUGAAUUUUUACCACUUGAAUACAACAAGUAAUGAAGUGACCAGGAAAUUUAUUGAAACACAACCUCUGGGACAAACUUCUUCAUGCAAGACUCAAACAUAUCAUGCCUUGAAAUUCCACUCAGAAUUUUUCUUUGGUAUGGGGAAAAAUGCAACACGUGAAUAUGUGGGGACCAGGCCUGAUUCAAUGGCCAAUGAUGUGAUGUUUGUAAUAACUGAUGGCAUAUCAAUUCCACGUGGUAGGCGAGGGAGAGCACUGAAAGAGGCUCAAAAAAUCAGGAGAGCAGGAGUAAAGAUAUUUACGAUUGGGUUACACAACUGGAGAAAUCUGGAUGGCUCCCCUGAACUACUUGGCUUUGUUAAUGACAAUGAGAAUCAUGCAUUCAACAUUGAUGAUGAAGGACUCGCUGAUAUAGUUGCAGGCAUUAUCAACUCUGCAGACCCCUGCUUUAAAUCCCCUCCAACUACCACAACCACAACACAGUUGCCAUCAAUGACUACUACAAUGAGGCUCUCACCAUGAAGGCUAGAUGUAAAAUCAGAUCUACUGUUAUAAUUUUGGAGAUAUGCACCUAGAUAUACUGUAUACUUGAUGCACGAUGGCUACUGAAGCAGUGCAGGAUCAUUAUGAAAUGAUUACUCUGGACAAAAAUAAAUUGAAAAA